AUGGGAAGAGACUUGCCACAUUCUGUCCCCAAAGAAGCAGGUGGGAAAAGGGGAGCAUCUGUACCUUACCAGGAAGGUGGCACAGAAGCAUUGGGGGUCAGGAAGCAUUUCUACGUGGCCAGAGGAAAUCGGAAGCCAUCACCACACCUAGAAAGUUCCAUCUGUUUGCUCAUUCGCUCACAUGUGUCUCCUGUGGCUAAGCAGUGCUGGAAGGGCCACGGCAUAGUGGUAAACAAGACAGGGAACGUUGCUGCCAUGAUCUUGUUCAUCAACAGUGCCAAUUGCCAAGUAGCAGGUUUUGCCCUUUCCAGCAUAGGAUGGAUCCUCUGCAUGUCUUCCAUGGGCUUUGUGGAGUGGCAAAUAUGGCACAUAGAUGACUGCUCCCACGCCACCUCUUGCCUUGCCAGUGUGGGAAUCUGGAGAGUCUGUGUUUACCACUAUAACUUCAGCAAAGCCAAAGUUUGCUACCAAUACACCUACCGUGACACCUUCCUUCCUCCUGCUAUCCAUGCAGCUCAACACCUCCUGGUGGCUGCUGCCAUUCUAGGGCUCUUGGGGAGAGCCUUCAAUAUCUUUGCACUUAGGAAUGUGUACAUGGGGAUUCUUCAGAAUAAUGCCACCUGCAGUCCAUUCAUUGCUUCAGGAAUUCUGAACAUAACUGCUGGUGUCUGUAUCUUAAUUGCUGUGCUCUGGAAUUACUACUCCAUCCUGAACCCGAAGGGUAUUGCCUUCCCGCCAGCUUACCAUUUGCCCUUCAAGCCAGAUACUCAGGAAAUUGGGAGUGCCAUUAUAGUGGCAAUGAUAGCUGCCUUCCUGAUGUUUUUAAGUGGAUUGCUUUUCCUCUCUUACAAAUUUCCCCUGGACAGCCGAGUACAUCCCAGUGUUUGA